AAAUGGAUUUCGAUAGCAUAAAAGCUUCGCGGAUUGUGGUGCGCUUUCUUCAUUUCUUUGCAAUAUGGCCAAAUCAGGGCUCAUCCUUGGAUACGCCAUGGAUCCGAAGAUGCAAUCGCUAUUGGCCUUAUCUGAUACAUGGCGUAAUGACCUUUAUGUUCACGGUCCUGAUGUGGGUUGAGGCUUUCGUGACAAACGAUUUUGAGCGGAGAGCCGAAGUGCUCUUCAUUAUGCUAACAAUGACGAGUCUAUUGGCUAAGAUUGUGAACAAUUGGCGUCGUCAUCACAUUGCCCGCGAACUACUUGAGGAGUGGUCAACUAGCCAGCAAUUCAAAGUAAAUUUUGGCCAGGAGCGCGAUAUUUGGGAGUUGGCACAUCGUAGAUUCGCUCUGGUCACCUAUGUGUACAUCUUUUGCAGCGCCGGCUCGGGUGUCUGCAUCCUCAUGUCGUCGCUGCUUAACUAUCCUAAUAAAUUGCCAUUUUGGAUGUGGGUCCCUUAUGAUUGGACACAACCCGUCAAUUUUUGGUGCACAUUCGCCUUUCAAGUGAUCGCAGUGCCUUUUUCGUGCCUUUCCAACGUCGGAAUGGACUUGCUCAAUUGCUAUCUGAUGCUGCACAUUUCGCUGUGCCUCGAAUUGGUCGGUAUGCGCAUGGCUGCACUUGCUCCAACUGGCAACAGCUUGGAGUCUGAGCAGCAGCUGCUCGCGCAGUUUGUGGCAAUUAUUGCGCUCCACAGACGCAUCAAAAUGCACACGAACCGGAUUCAAAUGUUCAUUUCCAGUAGCACACUUAUACAGAUCUUGCUGAGCUCCAUUAUAAUCUGUCUCACCAUCUACUGUUUACAGAUGCGUACUACAUUGCAGGAUCCAUUUUUCUUCUUGAUGAAGUCUCAGUAUUUAUUCGCGAUGACGUGGCAAAUCUUUCUGCCCUGCAUGUAUGGGAAUCAAAUUAUAGACAAAGCAAAUCAGUUGGUCAAUGAUCUUUAUACCUGCCAGUGGCCAGAUAUGUCUGUAAAAAUGCGUCGCCAGAUAUUCACAUUUAUGAUCUACCUAAAUCGUCCCAUGGAAUUACAAGCCGGCAGCUUUUUUGUCAUCGGUCUGGUACUGUUUGGCAAGAUAAUGAACCAAGCCUACAGUCUUUUGGCACUGCUCCUAAACGUCGAUGAUGAAUAAGAAGCGGGUGUAUUUAACUGGAUGACAUGAUAAACAUUUUGUGUAUCUCUUAAUUUGUUAUUUGGAAUUUGAUGUUGUAAUUCAAUAAAAGUAGAUGCACUUUCGUUGGUUCUAUUGCACUGAAUAUAU